AUGUCUCCAACCCUGUCACCAAGCCUCCAGGCAAAGCUCCGUGACAUCAUCGCGGAAUACACCACCAGGGGCUCCGACCGAAAGAUUCCCGGCCUGCAUUGCGCGGGCACUAGAGGGAUAGCGUCCGAGGAACCUAUGUCCGUCGAUACUGUUUUCUGGGUCGCAUCUUUCACGAAGCUGGCGACAUCCGUGGCGUGCAUGCAGCUUGUAGAACAGGGGUUGCUUCAGUUGGAUGAUGCGGACCAGGUGGAGAGCAUUUGCCCUGAGCUGAAGGAUGUGAAAGUCUUGACGCGCACCCCUGAGGGCAAGCUUGAGCUUGUUGACAAGGUUCGGCGGAUAACGCUGCGGAUGCUUCUCAACCACACUGCUGGUUUCGGGUACGCCUUUGAGGAUGAAAAACUCGCCGAGUUUGGCCGACCGGUCGGAGCCGACGACUUCUCGGGCGAGGCAGUUCACAGAAUCAACCGUCCCCUCGUCAAUCAACCAGGCGAAGUAUUCCAGUACGGAAUUUCAAUGGACUGGGUGGGUGUGAUCAUCGAGCGGCUCUCCGGAAAGUCACUAGAGGAAUACUUCCGCGAAAAGAUCUUUGAGCCUCUUGGCAUGCACAGCGUGACCUUUCAUCCAUCGGAAGAGGCAAAGGCGAAUCUAGCAUACAUGAACCGGAGAGCGUCAGAUGGAAAGCUGACGCACACGGAUCAUCUGUAUCAAGAGCCAUUAUUCGCCCGGGGCGAUGUAAAGGUUCCCUGCGCCGGAGGCCAUGGGUGUUUUGGGAAGCCGGCAGAAUUCAUGAGGCUGGUUUCGAUGCUGUUGAACGAUGGACUGGACGCCCCGACUGGAACGCGGUUCCUUAAUCCUUCAACUGUUCGAGAUAUGUUCAAGGAUCAAAUUGCAGAUAAACCGCGGUACAGCAACGUGUGCGUUCCAGUAGCGAAGCCCGAGCUAGCCAAUCCGACGCCUUUGUUUCCUAUGCCGGACGACCACACCGAAGGCUGGGGACUGUCCUUCUCCAUCAGCCAUUUUCCGUCCGACACCGGUCGAGCGGCCGGUGCAGGGUCAUGGGAAGGGUUGGCAAAUCUGUUUUGGUUUGCUGACCGCACAAACAACAUCGGCUGUAUAAUUGCCACCCAGAUUCUUCCUUACGGAGAUCGGCUUGUGCUUGAGUGCUCGGAUCGCAUUGAGACGGAGAUUUACAAGGCAUUACAGCAGGAGGCUGGGAAGAUUUAGGGGUUAAUGCGCUCAUCCCCAGUUUGAGGGCUUGACAGGUAGCAGAGCCAGG